AUGUCUACAGAACAACCCAUCCCAGAUCACCCAGCCCUGGGCGAAUCUUGGGUGAUCGCAUCGUCUAUCAAGGAGAGAGAAACGAAAGAGAAAGCCUCGGUGACACCGAGUCAAAGUCCUCGAAAGAACAGCAAAUCGAAGAUCGAGCAGUCAUCCGAGUCGUCAUGGAUAUCUGGCCCGGAGCUUAUCAUGCCCUCUAUAUGCGAGGCGCCAAACCCAGAAAAGUCAUGGGUUGAAUAUAAACGAUCCCCAAAUCAGUCUGCCACGCCAAAUACAAAGAAACGACGCAAAUUAUCAAUGCCGAGCGGACACGCGGUGCAAGACCGGAAUAGCAUCAAAGCUGGAGACGCUGGCCCGUCUACUCCAGCAACCGAGAACACCCCUGCAAAGAUCAAGGUCAGGCUUAUGGACAGCACUCUCCUCCGGGGGUCUAUUAACGCAGUCCUGAUCGCCCUGAUCCUCCACAUGCUCGUCCUCCCAGAGCUAGUCUACCAAGCCAAAGACCUCUGCCAGCUGCCAAGUAUCAAAGCUCUCUAUCCAAGCAGCUGUAUCAACUUAGAACCGACAUACCCACCGCGAAUACCCUUCCAACCAACAGCCUCGCCCGAAGAUUCCCUCACAACCUCACAGCGACAACUAGAGUUGAUAUUCGACACGACCCUAGAAACCCUAACACCGCUAUCAGGAAUUCUGAAACAAAGUGAAAGCAUGCUUUCCGACCUAGAAGCACAACUCAAGACAACCUUUCCAGACGCCAAAAAUGCGCUAGACCUUGAGUUUCAAGGCAGCACCUCAGCCAUGCAAGCAGCAGUCUGGGAAUUCGAUUCCCUACGCGCAGACCUGCGCUCAGCAAUAGACAGCCUACUAGCAACACGACCGACCGAACCAACGGCAGGCACAGUAGCAAGCGACACGCGACUGGCAAUCCAAACCCGACGACGCGAAGAAUACCUAGACAGGCUGCGCAGUCAAAUCCGCAGUAAAGCCGACUCCCUCAACACACGCUUCACAACACUAGACGACCACUUGGAAGCGGUAGACGGGAUAGUAACGCGCGAAGAACGACGAAACCCAUCCCGAGUGAUCAACCAAGAACCCAGUCCCGGAGACCGUCUUCAUUCCGUGCUCGACUCGCUCGAUCUCGGCACGAUCGGGUCUUAUUUCUUCCGAGCGCGAUCGUCAGGAGCUGUAUCGUCGUCGUCAGCUCCGGCUCAGGUCCCUGCAGAUGAAUCCACAACCGAGUCCACGUCGCCACGCCCCGCUGCGACUCUUGCACUGCUCCGUGUUGCGGCCACGCACCAUCGUCCUGUUGCUGGUUCGGUGUUGAGGCUGGCACGUCAAUUGAGGGAUGUGCAGCGUGCUGGGUUUGGGUCCACUUAUUGA